AUGAUACAAGUAUCAUCAACAACUAAGAAUUCAUCUGAAUUGUAUCCCACAACAACACAGGUGUCAGCAUUAACACAGACUUCAUCAGAGGUCCAGACAACACAAAGAGAAUUGGCAUCAUUAACAUCGUCCACAACUGAAAACUAUUCACCUGCACAUGCAUCGUUGCAGAGUCCUUCUACACUAGAAUCAGGGUCAUCAACAUCACAAUUCACAUCAAUGACUGAGUCUUCAUCAGAACUCCAUGGUACCCAUGCCAAAACAUCAUCAAUAACUGCGAGUUCAUCAGAAAUGUAUCCAACAACAAAACAGACAUCAGCAAUAACAAUGUCUUCAUCAGGGACACAUCCAACAACUGGACAAAUAUCAUCACUGGCAACAUCCCCAUCACUGAUUGACUCAUCACCACAAGCAUCAUUAGAAACUGCAUCAAGUUCAACCACGGCACAUGUACCAUCAAUAACUGGCUCUUCAAAAGAAACAAGUCAAUCAACUUCACAAGUAUCAUCAAUCACAAAACAUUCAGCACUGACUGAAGAAAGUAACAAUGUCUCGUUGCUUACUGGGUCUCCAUCAGGCAGCUGGACAACAAUGUCAUCAGAAUCCCAUCCAACCACAGUGAAAUCUUCGUCACUUACACCAGCCUCAUCAGGAUCCUACUCCUCAGCACACAGUACAUCAAUAAUUUCUACAACAUCAGAAACCAACGCAACAACAGCACAAGUGGCAUCCAUAACUGGGUCUUCUUCAGAAUCACAUCCAAUAGUGACACAACUCUCAUCAACAACGGUGUCUUCAUCGGAAAUCAGUCAGGUAUCAUCCCAAUUAACCUUUUUAGGACAAUCUUCAUCUGAAUCUUAUUCAGCAAAAACUCCAUUGACACACACGACUCAUUCUUCAUCAGACUCACAGCCAACAAUGAGACAAUCAGUAUCCAGUACUGACCGCUCAGCAGGAAGUACUUCAGGAGAAGCACCAGAGUCUCCAGUAACUGAGACAUCAUCACAAACACAUCCAACAACAAGGAACAUGUCCUUCAAAACUUUGAAAUCAUCAGAAAGCAAUCCAACAAUGACACAAGUGUCAUCAAUAACUAAAACUUCACCAGAAAUGCAAUCUACAACAUCACAGCUGUCAGCAGCGACACAGACGUCAUUACUGAUGCACUCAACGGAAAACAAAUUUUCUUUGCCCGCGUCAUCCUCAACUGAAACCCAUCCAUCUGCACACCCAUCAUCAGUGACACUUUCUACAGGAGAAUCCAAUCUAACAACAUUGCAACUCUCAUCAAGACCUGAGUCUUCAUCACAAUCCCAGACUGUACAUACCCACCAAUCAUCAAUAACUGAGACAUCAUCAGAAUUGUAUCCAACAACAAUACAGACAUCAGCAGUAACAAUAUCUUCAUCAGAGACACAAACAACAACUGAACAAAUAUCAUCACUGGCAAUGUCUUCAUCACUGAUCCACUCAACACCUCAAGGAUCAUUUGAAACUGUGUCCAAUUCAACCACCGCACAGGUACCAUCAAUAACUGGCUCUUCAACACAAACAAGUCAAACAACUUCACAAGUAUCAUCGAUAACAAAACAUUCAGCACUGACUGAACAAAGUAACACAUUCUCAUUGGUAACUGGGUCUUCAUCAGGCACCAAGACAAGUACAACGCAAACAUCUUCAACAACGGACACUUCAUCAGAAUUGUCCCCUGCACCAAUACAUGAGUCAUUUGUAACACUGAAUUCAUCAGAAAACACUCUAACCACAAUGAAAUCCUCCUCAGUUGCAUCAGCCUCAUCAGAAAAACAUUUGUCAGCACAGAGUAUAUCAAUGAAUUCAUCAACAUCAGAAAACAAUCCCACAACAGCACAAGUCACAUCCAUUUCGGAAUUGCAUCCAAUAGUGACACAAGUCUCAUCAAUAACUGAGUCUCCAUCAGAAAGCAGUCAGGGAUCAGCACAAUUAACCUCAAUAGUAUCUUUGGUAACUGGGUCUUCGCCGAGCAGCCAGUCAUCAGUGACACAAUUAUCAUCAUCAAAAGAGCUUGCAUCUGAAUUGUCUCCUGCAUCAACACAAGCGUCAGCAGUAACAGUGAAUCCGUCAGCAACCCAUCCAACCACAGUGAAAUCAUCAACUACACCGACCUCAUCAGAACCCAUUCCAUCCCCACAUAGUACAUCAAUACAUUCUUUAACAUUCGAAAACAACUCAACAACAGCACAGGUGUCAUCCAUAACUGGGACUUCUUCAGAAUCCUUUCCAAAAGUAACAGAAGCUUCAUCAAUCACUGAAACCCCAUUACAGACCAGUCAGGGAUCAUCACAGAAAACCUAUUCAGGACAAUCUUCAUCUGAAUCCCAUCCAGCAAAUACCCCAGUAACACUGAUGACACAAUCAUCAUCACAAUCUCUGCAAACAAUCUUGCAACUAUCAUCCAGCACUGAGUCCUCAGCAGAAACCACUUCAAGAGAAGCACUAGUUUUCCCAGGAAAGGAGACAUCAUCAGUAACAGACCCAACAACGAGUAAUGUGUCAUUCCAAACUGUGCCAUCUUCAGAAAGCAAUCCAACAAUGCCACAACUAUCAUCAACAAUUAAGUCUUCAUCUGAAUUAUAUCCCACAACAACACAGGUGUCAGCAGUAACACAGACAUCAUCAGGAACCCAGUCUACAAAAAGAGAAUUGUCAUCAAUAACAUCGUCCUCAGCUGAAAACUAUUUGUCUGCACAGCCAUCAUCACAGACUCCUUCUACACCAGAAUCUAGGUCAUCAAGAUCACAAUUCACAUCAGCAACUGAGUCUUCUUCAGAACUCCAUGGCAUCUACGCCCAAAGAUCGUCAACAACUGAGACAACAUCAGCAAUGUAUCCAACAAUACAGACAUCAACAGGAACAAUGUCCUCAUCAGAGACAUAUCCAACAACUAAACAAAUAUCACUGGCAACGUCUUCAUCGCUAAUCCAAUCCACAUCACAAGGGUCAUUAGAAACUGCUUCAAGUCCGACCACAGCACAAGUAGCAUCUAUAACUGGCUCCUCAAAAGAAACAGGUCAAGCAACUUCACAAGUAUCAUCAAUCACAAAACAUUCAGCACUGACUGAACUAAGUAACAAUGUCUCUUUGGCGACAGGAUUUUCACCAGGCAGCCAGACAACAACCACAAAAUUAUCACCAAUAACAGAACCUUCAUCUGAAUUGUCCCCUGCUACAAUACAAGUGUCAGCAGUUACACCAAAUUCCUCAGAAUCCCUUCCAACCACAGUGAAACUAUCGUCAUUUACACCAGCCUCCUCAGAAUCCUUUUCUUCAGCACAGAGUACAUCAAUAAAUUCUUCAGCAUCAGAAAACAAUGCAACACCAGUGCAUGUCACAUCCAUAACUGGGUCUUCUUCAGCAUCACAUCCAACAGUGCCAGGAGCUUCGUCAAUCACUGAGACCCCAUUACACACCAGUCAGGGAUCAUCACAAGUAACCGAUUCAGGACAAUCUUCAUCUGAACCUUAUCCAGCAAACACACCAGUGACACAGAUGACUCAAUCAUAUUCAGAAACCCGGCCAACAGUGACACAAUUUUCAUCCAGCACUGAGUCUUCAGCAGAAACCAUCUCAGGAGAAGCACGAGUAUCUUCAGUAACAGCGACAUCGUCAGGCACUUAUCCAACAACAAAUUUGACAUUGAAGACUGUGUCAUCAUCAGAAAGCAAUCCAACAAUGAUACAAGUAUCAUCAACAACUAAGAAUUCAUCUGAAUUGUAUCCCACAACAACACAGAUGUCAGCAGUAACACAGACUUCAUCAGAGGUCCAGACAACACAAAGAGAAUUGGCAUCAUUAACAUCGUCCACAACUGAAAACUAUUCACCUGCACAUGCAUCGUCACAGAGUCCUUCUAUACCAGAAUCAGGGUCAUCAACAUCACAAUUCACAUCAAUGACUGAGUCUUCAUCAGAACUCCAUGGUACCCAUGCCAAAAGAUCAUCAAUAACUGCGAGUUCAUCAGAAAUGUAUCCAACAACUAAACAGACAUCAGCAGAAACAAUGUCUUCAUCAGAGACACAUCCAACAACUACACGAAUAUCAUCACUGGCAACAUCCCCAUCACUGAUUGACUCGUCACCACAAGCAUCAUUAGAAACUGCAUCAAGUUCAACCACGGCACGUAUACCAUCAAUAACAGGCUCUUCAAAAGAAACAAGUCAACCAACUUCACAAGUAUCAUCAAUCACAAAACAUUCAGCACUGACUGAAGAAAGUAACAAUGUCUCGUUGGUUACUGGGUCUCCAUCAGGCAGCUGGACAACAAUGUCAUCAGAAUCCCAUCCAACCACAGUGAGAUCUUCGUCACUUACACCAGCCUCAUCAGGAUCCUAUUCCUCAGCACACAGUACAUCAAUAAAUUCGUCAACAUCAGAUACCAAUGCAGCAACAGCACAAGUGGCAUCCAUAACUGGAUCUUCUUCAGAAUCACAUCCGAUAGUGACACAAGUCACAUCAACAACCGUGUCUCUACAGGACACCAAUCAGGGAACAUCACAACUAACCUUUUUAGGACAAUCGUCAUCUGAAUCUCAUUCAGCAAAAACUCCAUUGACACACACGACUCAUUCUUCAUCAGACUCACAGCCAACAACGAUACAAUCAGUAUCCAGUACUGACCGCUCAGCAGGAAGUACUUCAAGAGAAGCACCAGAGUCUCCAGUAACUGAGACAUCAUCACAAACACAUCCGACAACAAGGAACAUGUCGUUCAAAACUUUGAAAUCAUCAGAAAGCAAUCCAACAAUGACACAGGUGUCAUCAACAACUAAAACUUCACCUGAAAUGCAAUCUACAACAGCAGCAGCGACACAGACUUCAUCACUGAUGCACUCAACGGAAAACAAAUUUUCUUUGCUCGUGUCAUCCUCAACUGAAACCCAUCCAUCUGCACACCCAUCAUCAGUGACACUUUCUACACGAGAAUCCAAUCUAACAUCACAACUUUCAUCAAGACUUGAGUCUACUUCACAAUCCCAGACUGGACAUACCCACCAAUCAUCAAUAACUGAGGCAUCAUCAGAAUUGUAUCCAACAACAACACAGACAUCAGCAGUAACAAUAUCUUCAUCAGAGAAACAUCCAACAGUUAAACAAGUAUCAUCAUUGGCAAUGUUUUCAUCACUGAUCCACUCAACACCUCAAGGAUCAUUCGAAACUGCGUCCAGUUCAACCACCGCACAGGUACCAUCAAUAACUGGCUCUUCAACACAAACAAGUCAAACAACUUCACAAGUAUCAUUGAUCAGAAAACAUUCAGCACUGACUGAACAAAGUAAAACAUUCUCAUUGAUAACUGGGUCUUCAUCAGGCACCAAGACAAGUACAACGCAAAUAUCUUCAACAACGGACACUUCAUCAGAAUUGUCCCCUGCACCAACACAUGGGUCAUUCGUAACACUGAAUUCAUUGGAAAACACUCUAACCACAAUGAAAUCCUCCUCAGUUACAUCAGCCUCAUCAGAAAAACAUUUGUCAACACAGAGUAUAUCAAUGAAUUCAUCAACAUCAGAAAACAAUCACACAACAGCACAAGUCACAUCCAUUUCAGAAUCGCAUCCAAUAGUGACACAAGUCUCAUCAAUAACUGAGUCUCCAUCAGAAACCAGACAGGGAUCAUCACAAUUAGCCUCAACAGUCUCAUUGGUAACUGGGUCUUCACCAGGCAGUCACUCAUCAGUGACACAAUUAUCAUCAACAGGGAUUGCUUCUGUAUUGUCCCCUGCAUUAACACAAGCAUCAGCAGUAACAGUGAAUUCGUCAGCAACCCAUCCAACCACAGUGAAAUCAUCAACUACACCGGCCUCAUCAGAUACCUAUCCAUCCCCACAGAGUACAUCAAUACAUUCUUCAACACGCGAAAACAAUUCAACAACACCACAGGUAUCAUCCAUAACAGGGUCUUCUUCAGAAUCCUUUCCAAAAGUAACAGAACCUUCAUCAAGCAUUGAAACCCUGUUAGAGACCAGUCAGGGAUCAUCACAGAUAACCUCCUCAGGACAAUCUUCACCUGAAUCUCAUCCAGCAAACACAUCAGUAACACUGAUGACACAAUCAUCAACAAAAUCUCAGUCAAUGAUCUUGCAACUAUCAUCCAGCACUGAGUCCUCAGCAGAAACCACUUCAAGAGAUGCACUAGUGUCCCCAGGAAAGGAGACAUCAUCAGUAACACACCCAACACCGAGUAAUGUGUCAUUAUCAGAAAGCAAUCCAACAAUGGCACAACUAUCAUUAACAACUAAGUCUUCAUCUGAAUUAUAUCCCACAACAACACAAGUGUCAGCAGUAACACAGACAUCAUCAGGAACCGAGUCAACACAAAGAGAAUUGUCAUCAAUAACAUCGUCCUCAGCUGAAAACUAUUCAUCUGCACAGCCAUCAUCACAGACACCUUCUACACCAGAAUCUGGGUCAUCAAGAUCACAAUUCAUAUCAAUAACUGAAUCUUCAUCAGAACUCCAUGGCGUCCACGUCCAAAGAUCAUCAACAACUGAGACAUCAUCAGAAAUGUAUCCAACAAUACAGACAUCAGCAGGAACAAUGUCUUCAUCAGAGACACAUCCAACAACUGGAAAAAUAUCACUGGCAACGUCUUCAUCACUAAUCCAAUCAACACCACAAGAGUCAUUAGAAUCUGCAUCAAGUUCAACCACGGCACAUGUACCAUCAAUAACUGGCUCCUCAAAAGAAACAAGUCAACCAACUUCACAAGUAUCAUCAAUCACAAAACAUUCAGCACUGACUGAAGAAAGUAACAAUGUCUCGUUGGUUACUGGGUCUCCAUCAGGCAGCUGGACAACAAUGUCAUCAGAAUCCCAUCCAACCACAGUGAAAUCUUCGUCACUUACACCAGCCUCAUCAGGAUCCUAUUCCUCAGCACAGAGUGCAUCAAUAUAUCCCACAACAACACAAAUGUCAGCAGUAACACAGACAUCAUCAGGAACCGAGUCGUCACAAAGAGAAUUGUCAUCAAUAACAUCGUCCUCAGCUGAAAACUAUUCAACUGCACAGCCAUCAUCACAGUAUCCUUCUACACCAGAAUCUGGGUCAUCUAGAUCACAAUUCACAUCAGUAACUGAAUCUUCAUCAGAACUCCAUGACGCCCAUGCCCAAAGAUCAUCAACAACUGAGACAUCAUCAGAAAUGUAUCCAACAAUACAGACAUCAGCAGGAACAAUGUCUUCAUCAGAUACACAUCCAACAGUUAAACAAGUAUCAUCAUUGGCAAUGUCUUCAUCACUGAUCCACUCAACACCUCAAGGAUCAUUCGAAACUGUGUCCAGUGCAAACACCGCACAGGUACCAUCAAUAACUGGCUCUUCAACACAAACAAGUCAAACAACUUCACAAGUAUCAUCGAUCAGAAAACAUUCAGCACUGACUGAAGAAAGUAACACAUUCUCAUUGGUAACUGGGUCUUCAUCAGGCACCAAGACAAGUACAACGCAAAUAUCUUCAACAACGGACACUUCAUCAGAAUUGUCCCCUGCACCAACACAUGGGUCAUUUGUAACACUGAAUUCAUCGGAAAACACUAUAACCACAAUGAAAUCCUCCUCAGUUACAUCAGCCUCAUCAGAAAAACAUUUGUCAACACAGAGUAUAGCAAUGAAUUCAUCAACAUCAGAAAACAAUCACACAACAGCACAAGUCACACCCAUUUCGGAAUCGCAUCCAAUAGUGACACAAGUCUCAUCAAUAACUGAGUCUCCAUCAGAAACCAGACAGGGAUCAUCACAAUUAGCCUCAACAGUCUCAUUGGUAACUGGGUCUUCACCAGGCAGCCACUCAUCAGUGACACAAUUAUCAUCAUCAACAGGGAUUGCUUCUGUAUUGUCCCCUGCAUCAACACAAGCAUCAGCAGUAACAGUGAAUUCGUCAGCAACCCAUCCAAUCACAGUGAAAUCAUCAACUACACCGGCCUCAUCAGAUACCUAUCCGUCCCCACAUAGUACAUCAAUACAUUCUUCAACAUUUGAAAACAAUUCAACAACAGCACAGGUGUCAUCCAUAACUGGGACUUCUUCAGAAUCCUUUCCAAAAGUAACAGAAGCUUCAUCAAGCAUUAAAACCCUGUUACAGACCAGUCAGGGAUCAUCACAGAAAACCUCUUUAGGACAAUCUUCAUCUGAAUCUCAUUCAGCAAAAACAUUAGUAACAUUGAUGACACAAUCAUCAUCACAAUCUCAGCCACCAAUCUUGCAUCUAUCAUCCAGCACUGAGUCCUCAGCAGAAACCACUUCAAGAGAUGCACUAGUGUCCCCAGGAAAGGAGACAUCAUCAGUAACACAUCCAACAACAAGGAACAUGUCCUUCAAAACUUUGAAAUCAUCAGAAAGCAAUCCAACAAUGACACAAGUGUCAUCAAUAACUAAAACUUCACCAGAAAUGCAAUCUACAACAUCACCUCUGUCAGCAGUGACACAGAUGUCAUCACUGACCUACUCAACAGAAAACAAAAUUUCUUUGCUCCCGUUGUCCUCAACUGAAACCCAUCCAUCUGCACAUCCAUCAUCAGUGACACUUCCUACACGAGAAUCCAAUCUAACAACAUUGCAACACUCAUCAAGACUUGAGUCUUCUUCACAAUCCCAGACUGUACAUACCCACCAAUCAUCAAUAACUGAGACAUCAUCAGAAUUGUAUCCAACAACAACACAGACAUCAGCAGUAACAACGUCUUCAUCAGAGACACAUCCAACAACUGAACAAAUAUCAUCAUUGGCAAUGUCUCCAUCACUGAUCCACUCAACACCGCAAGGAUCAUUUGAAACUGCGUCCAGUUCAACCACCGCACAGGUACCAUCAAUAACUGGCUCUUCAACACAAACAAGUCAAACAACUUCACAAGUAUCAUCGAUCACAAAACAUUCAGCACUGACUGAACAAAGUAACACAUUCUCAUUGGUAACUGGGUCUUCAUCAGGCACCAAGACAAGUACAACGCAAAUAUCUUCAACAAUGGACACUUCAUCAGAAUUGUCCCCUGCACCAAUACAUGGGUCAUUUGUAACACUGAAUUCAUCAGAAAACACUCUAACCACAAUGAAAUCCUCCUCAGUUGCAUCAGCCUCAUCAGAAAACCAUUUGUCAGCACAGAGUAUAUCAAUGAAUUCAUCAACAUCAGAAAACAAUCCCACAACAGUACAAGUCACAUCCAUUUCGGAAUUGCAUCCAAUAGUGACACAAGUCUCAUCAAUAACUGAGUCUCCAUUCAAAACCAGUCAGGGAUCAUCACGAGUAACCCCAACAGUCUCAUUGGUAGCUGGGUCUUCACCAGGCAGCCACUCACCAGUGACACAAUUAGCAUCAUCAAAUGAGAUUGCAUCUGAAUUGUCCCCUGCAUCAACACAAGCAUCAGCAGUAACAGUGAAUUCGUCAGCAACCCAUCCAAUCACAGUGAAAUCAUCAACUACACCGGCCUCCACAACGAAAUCUUUCUCAGUUACAUCAGCCUCAUCAGAAAACUAUUUGUCAGCACAGAGUACAUCAAUGAGUUCAUCAACAUCAGAACACAAUCCCACAAGAGCACAUGUCACACCCAUUUCGGAAUCGCAUCCAAUAUUGACACAAGUCUCAUCAAUAACUGAGUCUCCAUCAGAAACCAGUCAGGGAUCAUCACAAGUGACCUCAACAGUCUCAUUGGUAACUGGGUCUUCACCGGGCAGCCACUCAUCAGUGACACAAUUAUCAUCAUCAACAGAGCCUGCAUCUGAAUUGUCCCCUGCAUCAACACAAGCAUCAGCAGUAACAGUGAAUGCGUCAGCAACCCAUCCAAUCACAGUGAAAUCAUCAACUACACCGACCUCAUCAGAAACCCGUCCGUCCCCACAUAGUACAUCAAUACAUUCUUCAACAUUCGAAAACAACUCAACAACAACACAGGUGUCAUCCAUAAAUGCGUCUUCUUCAGAAUCCUUUCCAAAAGUAACAGAAGCUUCAUCGAUCACUGAGACCCCAUUAGAGACCACUCAAGGAUCGUCACAGAUAACCUCUUCAGGGCAAUCUUCAUCAGAAUCUCAUCCAGCAAACACCCCAGUAACACUGAUGACACAAUCAUCAUCACAAUCUCUGCAAACAAUCUUUCAAGCAUCAUCCAGCACUGAGUCCUCAGCAGAAACCACUUCGAGAGAGGCACUAGUGUCCCCAGGAAAGGAGACAUCAUCAGUAACACACCCAACAAUGAGUAAUGUGUCACUCCAAACUUUGCCAUCAUCAGAAAGCAAUCCAACAAUGACACAACUAUCAUCAACAACUGAGUCUUCAUCUGAAUUAUAUCCCACAACAACACAGGUGUCAGCAGUAACACAGAAAUCGUCAGGAACCCAGUCUACACAAAGAGACUUGUCAUCAAUUACAUUGUCCUCAGCUGAAAACUAUUCAUCUGCACGGCCAUCAUCACAGACUCCUUCUACACCAGAAUCUGGGUCAUCAAGAUCACAAUUCACAUCAGCAACUGAGUCUUCUUCAGGACUCCAUGGUGCCCACGCCCAAAGAUCAUCAACAACUGAGACAUCAUCAGCAAUGUAUCCAACAAUACAGACAUCAACAGGAACAAUGUCUUCAUCAGAGACACAUCCAACAACUAAACAAAUAUCACUGGCAACGUCUUUAUCACUAAUCCAAUCAACAUCACAAGGAUCAUUAGAAACUCCUUCAAUUUCGACCACGGCACAAGUAGCAUCAAUAACUGGUUCCUCAAAAGAAACAGGUCAAGCAACUUCACAAGUAUCAUCAAUCACAAAACAUUCAGCACUGACUGAACAAAGUAAUCAUGUCCCAUUGGCGACUGGAUUUUCACCAGGCAGCCAGACAACAACCACAAAAUUAUCACCAAUAACAGAACCUUCAUCUGAAUUGUCCCCUGCUACAAUACAAGUGUCAGCAGUUACACCAAAUUCCUCAGAAUCUCUUCCAACCACAGUGAAACUAUUGUCAUUUACACCAGCCUCCUCAGAAUCCUUUUCCGCAGCACAGAGUACAUCAAUAAAUUCUUCAGCAUCAGAAAACAAUGCAACACCAGUGCAUGUCACAUCCAUAACUGGGCCUUCUUCAGCAUCACAUCCAAUAGUGCCAGAAGCUUCGUCAAUCACUGAGACCCCAUUACACACCAGAAAGGGAUCAUCACAAGAAACCGAUUCAGGACAAUCUUCAUCUGAACCUUAUCCAGCAAACACACCAGUGGUACAGGUGACUCAAUCAUAUUCAGAAACCCGGCCAACAGUGACACAAUUCUCAUCCAGCACCGAGUCUUCAGCAGAAACCAUCUCAGGAGAAGCACAAGUAUCUUCAGUAACUGCAACAUCAUCAGGCACACAUCCAACAAAGAGCUUGUCAUUGAAGACUGUGUCAUUAUCAGAAAGCAAUCCAACAAUGAUACAAGUUUCAUCAACAACUAAGAAUUCAUCUGAAUUGUAUCCCACAACAACACAGGUGUCAGCAGUAACACAGACUUCAUCAGAGGUCCAGACAACACAAACAGAAUUGGCAUCAUUAACAUUGUCCUCAGCUGAAAACUAUUCACCUGCACAUGCAUCGUCGCAGAGUCCUUCUAUACCAGAAUCAGGGACAUCAACAUCACAAUUCACAUCAAUGACUGAGUCUUCAUCAGAACUCCAUGGUACCCAUGCCAAAAGAUCAUCAAUAACUGCAACAUCAUCAGUAAUGUAUCCAACAACAACACAGACAUCAGCAGAAACAAUGUCUUCAUCAGAGACACAUCCAAUAACUACACGAAUAUCAUCACUGCCAACAUCCCCAUCACUGAUUGACUCAUCACCACAAGGGUCAUUAGAAACUGCAUCAAGUUCAACCACGGCACAUGUACCAUCAAUAACUGGCUCUUCAAAAGAAACAAGUCAACCAAUUUCACAAGUAUCAUCAAUCACAAAACAUUCAGCACUGACUGAAGAAAGUAACAAUGUCUCGUUGGUUACUGGGUCUCCAUCAGGCAACCGGACAACAACGUCAUCAGAAUCCCAUCCAACCACAGUGAAAUCUUCGUCACUUGCACCAGCCUCAUCAGGAUCCUAUUCCUCAGCACAGAGUACAUCAAUAAAUUCGUCAAUAUCAGAAACCAAUGCAACAACAGUACAAGUGGCAUCCAUAACUGGGUCUUCCUCAGAAUCACAUCCAAUAGUGACACAACUCUCAUCAACAACUGUGUCUCUACUGGACACCAAUCCGGGAACAUCACAACUAACCUUUGUUGGACAAUCGUCAUCUGCAUCUCAUCCAGCAAAAACUCCAUUGACACAAACCGUUCAUUCUUCAUCAGAACCACAGCCAACAACAAUACAAUUAGUGUCCAGCACUGACCACACAGCUGGAAGUACUUCAGGAGAAGCACCACAGUCUCCAGUAACUGAGACAUCAUCACAAACACAUCCAACAACAAGGAACAUGUCCUUCAAAACUUUGAAAGCAUCAGAAAGCAAUUCAACAAUGACACAGGUGUCAUCAAUAACUAAGACUUCACCUGAAAUGCAAUCUACAAGUUCACAGCUGUCAGCAGCGAUACAGACUUCAUCACUGACCCGCUCAACAGAAGAUAAAUUUGCUUCACGCGUGUCAUCCGCAACUGAAACCCAUCCAUCAGCACACCCAUCAUCAGUGACACUUUCUGCAGGAGAAUCCAAUCUAACAACAUCACAACUUUCAUCAAGACCUGAGUCUUCAUCACAAUCCCAGACUGUACAUACCCAGCAAUCUUCAAUAACUGAGACAUCAUCAGAACUGUACCCAGCAAUAACACAGACAUCAGCAGUAACAAUGUCGUCAUCAGAGAAACAUCCAACAACUGAACAAAUAUCAUCAUUGGCAAUGUCUCCAUCACUGAUCCACUCAACACCGCAAGGAUCAUUUGAAACUGCGUCCAGUUCAACCACCGCACAGGUACCAUCAAUAACUGGCUCUUCAACACAAACAAGUCAAACAACUUCACAAGUAUCAUCGAUCACAAAACAUUCAGCACUGACUGAACAAAGUAACACAUUCUCAUUGGUAACUGGGUCUUCAUCAGGCACCAAGACAAGUACAACACAAAUAUUUUCAACAAUGGACACUUCAUCAGAAUUGUCCCCUGCACCAACACAUGGGUCAUUUGUAACACUGAAUUCAUCAGAAAACACUAUAACCACAAUGAAAUCCUCCUCAGUUGCAUCAGCCUCAUCAGAAAACCAUUUGUCAGCACAGAGUAUAUCAAUGAAUUCAUCAACAUCAGAAAACAAUCCCACAACAGCACAAGUCACAUCCAUUUCGGAAUCGCAUCCAAUAGUGACACAAGUCUCAUCAAUAACUGAGUCUCCGUCAGAAAACAGUCAGGGAUCAUCACAAGUGACCUCAACAGUCUCAUUGGUAACUGGGUCUUCACCGGGCAGCCUCCCAUCAGUGACACAAUUAUCAUCAUCAACAGAGCCUGCAUCUGUAUUGUCCCGUUCAUCAACACAAGCGUCAGCAGUAACGAUGAAUUUGUCAGCAACCCAUCCAACCACAGUGAAAUCAUCAACUACACCGACCUCAUCAGAUACCUAUCCGUCCCCACAUAGUACAUCAAUACAUUCUUCAACAUUCGAAAACAACUCAACAAUAACACAGGUGUCAUCCAUAACUGGGACUUCUUCAGAAUCCUUUCCAAAAGUAACAGAAGCUUCAUCAAUCACUGAGACCCCAUUAGAGACCAGUCAUGGAUCAUCACAGAAAACGUCCUCAUGGCAAUCUUCAUCUAAAUCUCAUUCAGCAAACACCCCAGUAACGCCGAUAACACAAUCAUCAUCACAAUCUCUGCAAACAAUCUUUCAACUAUCAUCCAGCACUGAAUCCUCAGCAGAAACCACUUCAAGAGAUACACUAGUGUCUCCAGUAAAGGAGACAUCAUCAGUAACACACCCAACAACGAGUAAUGUGUCACUCCAAACUGUGCCAUCAUCAGAAAGCAAUCCAACAAUGACACAACUAUCAUCAACAACUGAGUCUUCAUCUGAAUUAUAUCCCACAACAACGCAGGUGUCAGCAGUAACACAGACAUCAUCAGGAACCCAGGCUACACAAAGAGACUUGUCAUCAAUAACAUCGUCCUCAACUGAAAACUAUUUGUCUGCACAGCCAUCAUCACAGACUCCUUCUACACCAGAAUCUGGGUCAUCAAGAUUACAAUUCACAUCAGCAACUGAGUCUUCUUCAGGACUCCAUGGUGCCCACGCCCAAAGAUCAUCAACAACUGAGACAUCAUCAGCAAUGUAUCCAACAAUACAGACAUCAACAGGAACAAUGUCUUCAUCAGAGACACAUCUGACAACUAAACAAAUAUCACUGGCAACGUCUUCAUCACUAAUCCAAUCCACAUCACAAGGGUCAUUAGAAACUGCUUCAAGUUCGACCACGGCACAAGUAGCAUCAAUAACUGGCUCCUCAAAAGAAACAGGUCAAGCAACUUCACAAGUAUCAUCAAUCACAAAACAUUCAGUACUGACUGAACAAAGUAACAAUGCCUCUUUGGCGACUGGAUUUUCACCAGGCAGCCAGACAACAACCACAAAAUUAUCACCAAUAACAGAACCUUCAUCUGAAUUGUCCCCUGCUUCAAUACAAGUGUCAGCAGUUACACCAAAUUCCUCAGAAUCCCUUCCAACCACAGUGAAACUAUCGUUAUUUACACCAGCCUCCUCAGAAGCCUAUUCCUCAGCACAGAGUGCAUCUAUAAAUUCUUCAGCAUCAGAAAACAAUGCAACACCAGUGCAUGUCACAUCCAUAACUGGGUCUUCUUCAGCAUCACAUCCAGUAGUGCCAGAAGCUUCGUCAAUUACUGAGACCCCAUUACACACCAGUCAGGGAUCAUCACAAGUAACCGAUUCAGGACAAUCUUCAUCUGAACCUUAUCCAGCAAACACACCAGUGAUACAGAUGACUCAAUCAUAUUCAGAAACCCGGCCAACAAUGACACAAUUUUCAUCCAGCACCGAGUCUUCAGCAGAAACCAUCUCAGGAGAAGCACAAGUAUCUUCAGUAACUGCGACAUCAUCAGGCACACAUCCAACAAAGAGCUUGUCAUUGAAGACUGUGUCAUCAUCAGAAAGCAAUCCAACAAUGAUACAAGUUUCAUCAAAAACUAAGAUUUCAUCUGAAUUGUAUCCCACAACAACGCAGAUGUCAGCAGUAACACAGACUUCAUCAGAGGUCCAGACAACACAAACAGAAUUGGCAUCAUUAAUAUUGUCCUCAGCUGAAAACUAUUCACCUGCACAUGCAUCGUCGCAGAGUCCUUCUACACCAGAAUCAGGGUCAUCAACAUCACAAUUCACAUCAAUGACUGAGUCUUCAUCAGAACUCCAUGGUACCCAUGCCAAAAGAUAUUCAAUAACUGCGACAUCAUCAGAAAUGUAUCCAACAACAACACAGACAUCAGCAGUAACAAUGUCUUCAUCAGAGACACAUCCAAUAACUACACGAAUAUCAUCACUGGCAACAUCCCCAUCACUGAUUGACUCAUCACCACAAGGGUCAUUAGAAACUGCAUCAAGUUCAACCACGGCACAUGUACCAUCAAUAACUGGCUCUUCAAAAGAAACAAGUCAACCAAUUUCACAAGUAUCAUCAAUCACAAAACAUUCAGCACUGACUGAAGAAAGUAACAAUGUCUCGUUGGUUACUGGGUCUCCAUCAGGCAGCUGGACAACAAUGUCAUCAGAAUCCCAUCCAACCACAGUGAAAUCUUCGUCACUUACACCAGCCUCAUCAGGAUCCUACUCCUCAGCACACAGUACAUCAAUAAAUUCGUCAAUAUCAGAAACCAAUGCAACAACAGUACAAGUGGCAUCCAUAACUGGGUCUUCCUCAGAAUCACAUCCAAUAGUGACACAAGUCUCAUCAACAACUGUGUCUCUACUGGACACCAGUCAGGCAGCAUCAGAUGUAACCUUUUUCGGACAAUCAUCAUCUGCAUCUCAUCCAGCAAAAACUCCAUUGACACACACCGUUCAUUCUUCAUCAGAACCACAGCCAACAACGAUACAAUUAGUGUCCAGCUCUGACCACACAGCUGGAAGUACUUCAGGAGAAGCACCACAGUCUCCAGUAACUGAGACAUCAUCACAAACACAUCCAACAACAAGGAACAUGUCCUUCAAAACUUUGAAAGCAUCAGAAAGCAAUUCAACAAUGACACAGGUGUCAUCAAUAACUAAGACUUCACCUGAAAUGCAAUCUACAACAUUACAGCUGUCAGCAACGAUACAGACUUCAUCACUGACCCGCUCAACAGAAGAUAAAUUUGCUUCACUCGUGUCAUCCUCAACUGAAACCCAUCCAUCUGCACACCCAUCAUCAGUGACACGUUCUACACGAGAAUCCAAUCUAACAACAUCACAACUUUCGUCAAGACCUGAGUCUUCUUCACAAUCCCAGACUGUACAUACCCAACAAUCAUCAAGAAUUGAGACAUCAUCAGAACUGUAUCCAACCAUAACACAGACAUCAGCAGUAACAACGUCUUCAUCAGAGAAACAUCCAACAACUGAACAAAUAUCAUCACUGGCAAUGUCUUCAUCACUGAUCCACUCAACACCUCAAGGAUCAUUCGAAACUUUGUCCAGUUCAACCACCGCACAGGUACCAUCAAUAACUGGCUCUUCAACACAAACAAGUCAAACAACUUCACAAGUAUCAUCGAUCACAAAACAUUCAGCACUGACUGAACAAAGUAACACAUUAUCAUUGGUAACUGGGUCUUCAUCAGGCACCAAGAUAAGUACAACGCAAACAUCUUCAACAAUGGACACUUCAUCAGAAUUGACCCCUGCACCAAUACAUGGGUCAUUUGUAACACUGAAUUCAUCAGAAAACACUCUAACCACAAUGAAAUCCUCCUCAGUUACAUCAGCCUCAUCAGAAAACUAUUUGUCAGCAAAGAGUAUAUCAAUAAAUUCAUCAACAUCAGAAAACAAUCCCACAACAGCACAAGUCACAUCCAUUUCGGAAUUGCAUCCAACAGUGACACAAGUCUCAUCAAGAACUGAGUCUCCAUCCAAAACCAGUCACGGAUCAGCACAAGUGACCUCAACAGUCUCAUUGGUAACUGGGUCUUCACCGGGCAGCCACUCAUCAGUGACACAAUUAUCAUCAUCAACAGAGCCUGCAUCUGAAUUGUCCCCUGCAUCAACACAAGCAUCAGCAGUAACAGUGAAUUCGUCAGCAACCCAUCCAACCACAGUGAAAGAAUCAACUACACCAGCCUCAUCAGAAAUCUAUCCGUCCCCUCAGAGUAUAUCAAUACAUUCUUCAACAUUCGAAAACAAUUCAACAACAGCACAGGUGUCAUCCAUAACUGGGACUUCUACAGAAUCCUUUCCAAAAGUAACAGAAGCUUCAUCAAUCACUGAGACCCCAUUAGAGACCACUCAAAGAUCAUCACAGAAAACCUCUUCAGGACAAUCUUCAUCUGAUUCUCAUCCAGCAAACACCCCAGUAACACCGAUUACACGAUCAUCAUCACAAUCUCUGCAAACAACCUUUCAACUACCAUCCAGCACUGAGUCCUCAACAGAAACUACUUCAAGAGAUGCACUAGUGUCCCCAGGAAAGGAGACAUCAUCAGUAACACACCCAACAAUGAGUAAUGUGUCACUCCAAACUUUGCCAUCAUCAGAAAGCAAUCCAACAACGGCACAACUAUCAUCAACAACUGAGUCUUCAUCUGAAUUAUAUCCCACAACAACGCAGGUGUCAGCAGUAACACAGACAUCAUCAGGAACCCAGGCUACACAAAGAGACUUGUCAUCAAUAACAUCGUCCUCAGCUGAAAACUAUUUGUCUGCACAGCCAUCAUCACAGACUCCUUCUACACCAGAAUCUGGGUCAUCAAGAUCACAAUUCACAUCAGCAACUGAGUCUUCUUCAGGACUCCAUGGCGUCCACACCCAAAGAUCAUCAACAACUGAGACAUCAUCAGCAAUGUAUCCAACAAUACAGACAUCAACAGGAACAAUGUCUUCAUCAGAGACACGUCUAACAAGUAAACAAAUAUCACUGGCAACGUCUUCAUCACUAAUCCAAUCCACAUCACAAGGGUCAUUAGAAACUGCUUCAAGUUCGACCACGGCACAAGUAGCAUCAAUAACUGGCUCCUCAAAAGAAACAGGUCAAGCAACUUCACAAGUAUCAUCAAUCACAAAACAUUCAGCACUGACUGUACAAAGUAACAAUGUCUCUUUGGCGACUGGAUUUUCACCAGGCAGCCAGACAACAACCACAAAAUUAUCACCAAUAACAGAACCUUCAUCUGAAUUGUCCCCUGCUUCAAUACAAGUGUCAGCAGUUACACCAAAUUCCUCAGAAUCCCUUCCAACCACACUGAAACUAUCCUCAUUUACACCAGCCUCCUCAGAAGCCUAUUCCUCAGCACAGAGUUCAUCUAUAAAUUCUUCAGCAUCAGAAAACAAUGCAACACCAGUGCAUGUCACAUCCAUAACUGGGUCUUCUUCAGCAUCACAUCCAGUAGUGCCAGAAGCUGCGACAAUCACUGAGACCCCAUUACACACCAGUCAGGGAUCAUCACAAGUAACCGAUUCAGGACAAUCUUCAUCUGAACCUUAUCCAGCAAACACACCAGUGAUACAGAUGACUCAAUCAUAUUCAGAAACCCGGCCAACAGUGACACAAUUUUCAUCCAGCACCGAGUCUUCAGCAGAAACCAUCUCAGGAGAAGCACAAUUAUCUUCAGUAACUGCAACAUCAUCAGGCACACAUCCAACAAAGAGCUUGUCAUUGAAGACUGUGUCAUCAUCAGAAAGCAAUCCAACAAUGAUACAAGUUUCAUCAAAAACUAAGAUAUCAUCUGAAUUGUAUCCCACUACAACGCAGAUGUCAGCAGUAACACAGACUUCAUCAGAGGUCCAGACAACACAAAGAGAAUUGGCAUCAUUAACAUUGUCCUCAGCUGAAAACUAUUCACCUGCACAUGCAUCGUCGCAGAGUCCUUCUACACCAGAAUCAGGGACAUCAACAUCACAAUUCACAUCAAUGACUGAGUCUUCAUCGGAACUCCAUGGUACCCAUGCCAAAAGAUCAACAAUAACUGCGACAUCAUCAGAAAUGUAUCCAACAACAACACAGACAUCAGCAGUAACAAUGUCUUCAUCAGAGACACAUCCAACACCUACACGAAUAUCAUCACUGGCAACAUCCCCAUCACUGAUUGACUCAUCACCACAAGGGUCAUUAGAAACUGCAUCAAGUUCAACCACGGCACAUGUACCACCAAUAACUGGCUCUUCAAAAGAAAUAAGUCAACCAAUUUCACAAGUAUCAUCAAUCACAAAACAUUCAGCACUGACUGAAGAAAGUAACAAUGUCUCGUUGGUUACUGGGUCUCCAUCAGGCAGCUGGGCAACAAUGUCAUCAGAAUCCCAUCCAACCACAGUGAAAUCUUCGUCACUUACACCAGCCUCAUCAGGAUCCUACUCCUCAGCACACAGUACAUCAAUAAAUUCAUCAACAUCAGAUACCAAUGCAGCAACAGCACAAGUGGCAUCCAUAACUGGGUCUUCCUCAGAAUCACAUCCAACAGCGACACAAGUCUCAUCAACAACUGUGUCUCUACUGGACACCAGUCAGGGAGCAUCAGAAGUAACCUUUUUCGGACAAUCAUCAUCUGCAUCUCAUCCAGCAAAAACUCCAUUGACACACACCGUUCAUUCUUCAUCAGACUCACAGCCAACAACGAUACAAUUAGUGUCCAGCUCUGACCACUCAGCAGGAAGUACUUCAGGAGAAGCACCAGAGUCUCCAGUAACUGAGACAUCAUCACAAACACAUCCAACAACAAGGACCAUGUCCUUCAACACUUUGAAAUCAUCAGAAAGCAAUCCAACAAUGACACAGGUGUCAUCAAUAACUAAGACUUCAGCAGAAAUGCAAUCUACAACAUCACAGCUGUCAACAGCAACACAACUUUCAUCACUGACCCACUCAAAAGAAGAUAAAUUUUCUUCGCUCACGUCGUCCUCAGCUGAAACCCAUCCAUCUGCACACCCAUCAUCAGUGACACUUUCUACACGAGAAUCCAAUCUAACAACAUCACAACUUUCGUCAAGACCUGAGUCUUCUUCACAAUCCCAGACUGUACAUACCCAACAAUCAUCAAGAAUUGAGACAUCAUCAGAACUGUACCCAGCAAUAACACAGACAUCAGCAGUGACAACGUCUGCAUCAGAGAAACAUCCAACAACUGAACAAAUAUCAUCACUGGCAAUGUCUUCAUCACUGAUCCACUCAACACCUCAAGGAUCAUUCGAAACUUUAUCCAGUUCAACCACCGCACAGGUACCAUCAAUAACGGGCUCUUCAACACAAACAAGUCAAACAACUUCACAAGUAUCAUCGAUCACAAAACAUUCAGCACUGACUGAACAAAGUAACACAUUCUCAUUGGUAACUGGGUCUUCAUCAGGCACCAAGACAAGUACAACACAAAUAUUUUCAACAAUGGACACUUCAUCAGAAUUGUCCCCUGCACCAACACAUGGGUCAUUUGUAACACUGAAUUCAUCAGAAAACACUAUAACCACAAUGAAAACCUCCUCAGUUGCAUCAGCCUCAUCAGCAAUCCAUUUGUCAGCACAGAGUAUAUCAAUGGAUUCAUCAACAUCAGAAAACAAUCCCACAACAGCACAAGUCACAUCCAUUUCGGAAUCGCAUCCAAUAGUGACACAAGUCUCAUCAAUAACUGAGUCUCCAUCAGAAAACAGUCAGGGAUCAUCACAAGUGACCUCAACAGUCUCAUUGGUAACUGGGUCUUCACCGGGCAGCCUCCCAUCAGUGACACAAUUAUCAUCAUCAACAGAGCCUGCAUCUGAAUUGUCCCCUGCAUCAACACAAGCAUCAGCAGUAACGAUGAAUUUGUCAGCAACCCAUCCAACCACAGUGAAAUCAUCAACUGCACCGACCUCAUCAGAUACCUAUCCGUCCCCACAGAGUACAUCAAUACAUUCUUCAACAUUCGAAAACAACUCAACAAUAACACAGGUGUCAUCCAUAACUGGGACUUCUUCAGAAUCCUUUCCAAAAGUAACAGAAGCUUCAUCAAUCACUGAGACCCCAUUAGAGACCAGUCAGGGAUCAUCACAGAAAACCUCCUCAUGGCAAUCUUCAUCUAAAUCUCAUUCAGCAAACACCCCAGUAACGCCGAUAACACAAUCAUCAUCACUAUCUCUGCAAACAAUCUUUCAACUAUCAUCCAGCACUGAAUCCUCAGCAGAAACCACUUCAAGAGAUACACUAGUGUCCCCAGUAAAGGAGACAUCAUCAGUAACACACCCAACAACGAGUAAUGUGUCACUCCAAACUGUGCCAUCAUCAGAAAGCAAUCCAACAAUGACACAACUAUCAUCAACAACUGAGUCUUCAUCUGAAUUAUAUCCCACAACAACGCAGGUGUCAGCAGUAACACAGACAUCAUCAGGAACCCAGGCUACACAAAGAGACUUGUCAUCAAUAACAUCGUCCUCAGCUGAAAACUAUUUGUCUGCACAGCCAUCAUCACAGACUCCUUCUACACCAGAAUCUGGGUCAUCAAGAUCACAAUUCACAUCAGCAACUGAGUCUUCUUCAGGACUCCAUGGCGCCCACGCCCAAAGAUCAUCAACAACUGAGACAUCAUCAGCAAUGUAUCCAACAAUACAGACGUCAACAGGAACAAUGUCUUCAUCAGAGACACAUCUGACAACUAAACAAAUAUCACUGGCAACGUCUUCAUCACUAAUCCAAUCCACAUCACAAGGGUCAUUAGAAACUGCUUCAAGUUCGACCACGGCACAAGUAGCAUCAAUAACUGGCUCCUCAAAAGAAACAGGUCAAGCAACUUCACAAGUAUCAUCAAUCACAAAACAUUCAGCACUGACUGAACAAAGUAACAAUGCCUCUUUGGCAACUGGAUUUUCACCAGGCAGCCAGACAACAACCACAAAAUUAUCACCAAUAACAGAACCUUCAUCUGAAUUGUCCCCUGCUUCAAUACAAGUGUCAGCAGUUACACCAAAUUCCUCAGAAUACCUUCCAACCACAGUGGAACUAUCGUCAUUUACACCAGCCUCCUCAGAAGCCUAUUCCUCAGCACAGAGUGCAUCUAUAAAUUCUUCAGCAUCAGAAAACAAUGCAACACCAGUGCAUGUCACAUCCAUAACUGGGUCUUCUUCAGCAUCACAUCCAGUAGUGCCAGAAGCUUCGUCAAUUACUGAGACCCCAUUACACACCAGUCAGGGAUCAUCACAAGUAACCGAUUCAGGACAAUCUUCAUCUGAACCUUAUCCAGCAAACACACCAGUGAUACAGAUGACUCAAUCAUAUUCAGAAACCCGGCCAACAAUGACACAAUUUUCAUCCAGCACCGAGUCUUCAGCAGAAACCAUCUCAGGAGAAGCACAAUUAUCUUCAGUAACUGCAACAUCAUCAGGCACACAUCCAACAAAGAGCUUGUCAUUGAAGACUGUGUCAUCAUCAGAAAGCAAUCCAACAAUGAUACAAGUUUCAUCAAAAACUAAGAUUUCAUCUGAAUUGUAUCCCAUAACAACGCAGAUGUCAGCAGUAACACAGACUUCAUCAGAGGUCCAGACAACACAAAGAGAAUUGGCAUCAUUAACAUUGUCCUCAGCUGAAAACUAUUCACCUGCACAUGCAUCGUCGCAGAGUCCUUCUACACCAGAAUCAGGGUCAUCAACAUCACAAUUCACAUCAAUGACUGAGUCUUCAUCAGAACUCCAUGGUACCCAUGCCAAAAGAUCAUCAAUAACUGCGACAUCAUCAGAAAUGUAUCCAACAACAACACAGACAUCAGCAGUAACAAUUUCUUCAUCAGAGACACAUCCAACACCUACACGAAUAUCAUCACUGGCAACAUCCCCAUCACUGAUUGACUCGUCACCACAAGGGUCAUUAGAAUCUGCAUCAAGUUCAACCACGGCACAUGUACCACCAAUAACUGGCACUUCAAAAGAAACAAGUCAAUCAAUUUCACAAGUAUCAUCAAUCACAAAACAUUCAGCACUGACUGAAGAAAGUAACAAUGUCUCGUUGGUUACUGGGUCUCCAUCAGGCAGCUGGGCAACAAUGUCAUCAGAAUCCCAUCCAACCACAGUGAAAUCUUCGUCACUUACACCAGCCUCAUCAGGAUCCUACUCCUCAGCACACAGUACAUCAAUAAAUUCAUCAACAUCAGAUACCAAUGCAGCAACAGCACAAGUGGCAUCCAUAACUGGGUCUUCUUCAGCAUCACAUCCAAUAGUGACACAACUAUCAUCAACAACUGUGUCUCUACUGGACACCAGUCAGGCAGCAUCAGAAGUAACCUUUUUCGGACAAUCAUCAUCUGCAUCUCAUCCAGCAAAAACUCCAUUGACACACACCGUUCAUUCUUCAUCAGACUCACAGCCAACAACAAUACAAUUAGUGUCCAGCUCUGACCACUCAGCAGGAAGUACUUCAGGAGAAGCACCAGAGUCUCCAGUAACUGAGACAUCAUCACAAACACAUCCAACAACAAGGACCAUGUCCUUCAACACUUUGAAAUCAUCAGAAAGCAAUCCAACAAUGACACAGGUGUCAUCAAUAACUAAGACUUCAGCAGAAAUGCAAUCUACAACAUCACAGCUGUCAACAGCAACACAACUUUCAUCACUGACCCACUCAAAAGAAGACAAAUUUUCUUCGCUCACGUCGUCCUCAGCUGAAACCCAUCCAUCUGCACACCCAUCAUCAGUGACACUUUCUACACGAGAAUCCAAUCUAACAACAUCACAACUUUCGUCAAGACCUGAGUCUUCUUCACAAUCCCAGACUGUACAUACCCAACAAUCAUCAAGAAUUGAGACAUCAUCAGAACUGUACCCAGCAAUAACACAGACAUCAGCAGUGACAACGUCUGCAUCAGAGAAACAUCCAACAACUGAACAAAUAUCAUCACUGGCAAUGUCUUCAUCACUGAUCCACUCAACACCUCAAGGAUCAUUCGAAACUUUAUCCAGUUCAACCACCGCACAGGUACCAUCAAUAACGGGCUCUUCAACACAAACAAGUCAAACAACUUCACAAGUAUCAUCGAUCACAAAACAUUCAGCACUGACUGAACAAAGUAACACAUUCUCAUUGGUAACUGGGUCUUCAUCAGGCACCAAGACAAGUACAACACAAAUAUUUUCAACAAUGGACACUUCAUCAGAAUUGUCCCCUGCACCAACACAUGGGUCAUUUGUAACACUGAAUUCAUCAGAAAACACUAUAACCACAAUGAAAACCUCCUCAGUUGCAUCAGCCUCAUCAGCAAUCCAUUUGUCAGCACAGAGUAUAUCAAUGGAUUCAUCAACAUCAGAAAACAAUCCCACAACAGCACAAGUCACAUCCAUUUCGGAAUCGCAUCCAAUAGUGACACAAGUCUCAUCAAUAACUGAGUCUCCAUCAGAAAACAGUCAGGGAUCAUCACAAGUGACCUCAACAGUCUCAUUGGUAACUGGGUCUUCACCGGGCAGCCUCCCAUCAGUGACACAAUUAUCAUCAUCAACAGAGCCUGCAUCUGAAUUGUCCCCUGCAUCAACACAAGCAUCAGCAGUAACGAUGAAUUUGUCAGCAACCCAUCCAACCACAGUGAAAUCAUCAACUGCACCGACCUCAUCAGAUACCUAUCCGUCCCCACAGAGUACAUCAAUACAUUCUUCAACAUUCGAAAACAACUCAACAAUAACACAGGUGUCAUCCAUAACUGGGACUUCUUCAGAAUCCUUUCCAAAAGUAACAGAAGCUUCAUCAAUCACUGAGACCCCAUUAGAGACCAGUCAGGGAUCAUCACAGAAAACCUCCUCAUGGCAAUCUUCAUCUAAAUCUCAUUCAGCAAACACCCCAGUAACGCCGAUAACACAAUCAUCAUCACUAUCUCUGCAAACAAUCUUUCAACUAUCAUCCAGCACUGAAUCCUCAGCAGAAACCACUUCAAGAGAUACACUAGUGUCCCCAGUAAAGGAGACAUCAUCAGUAACACACCCAACAACGAGUAAUGUGUCACUCCAAACUGUGCCAUCAUCAGAAAGCAAUCCAACAAUGACACAACUAUCAUCAACAACUGAGUCUUCAUCUGAAUUAUAUCCCACAACAACGCAGGUGUCAGCAGUAACACAGACAUCAUCAGGAACCCAGGCUACACAAAGAGACUUGUCAUCAAUAACAUCGUCCUCAGCUGAAAACUAUUUGUCUGCACAGCCAUCAUCACAGACUCCUUCUACACCAGAAUCUGGGUCAUCAAGAUCACAAUUCACAUCAGCAACUGAGUCUUCUUCAGGACUCCAUGGCGCCCACGCCCAAAGAUCAUCAACAACUGAGACAUCAUCAGCAAUGUAUCCAACAAUACAGACGUCAACAGGAACAAUGUCUUCAUCAGAGACACAUCUGACAACUAAACAAAUAUCACUGGCAACGUCUUCAUCACUAAUCCAAUCCACAUCACAAGGGUCAUUAGAAACUGCUUCAAGUUCGACCACGGCACAAGUAGCAUCAAUAACUGGCUCCUCAAAAGAAACAGGUCAAGCAACUUCACAAGUAUCAUCAAUCACAAAACAUUCAGCACUGACUGAACAAAGUAACAAUGCCUCUUUGGCAACUGGAUUUUCACCAGGCAGCCAGACAACAACCACAAAAUUAUCACCAAUAACAGAACCUUCAUCUGAAUUGUCCCCUGCUUCAAUACAAGUGUCAGCAGUUACACCAAAUUCCUCAGAAUACCUUCCAACCACAGUGGAACUAUCGUCAUUUACACCAGCCUCCUCAGAAGCCUAUUCCUCAGCACAGAGUGCAUCUAUAAAUUCUUCAGCAUCAGAAAACAAUGCAACACCAGUGCAUGUCACAUCCAUAACUGGGUCUUCUUCAGCAUCACAUCCAGUAGUGCCAGAAGCUUCGUCAAUUACUGAGACCCCAUUACACACCAGUCAGGGAUCAUCACAAGUAACCGAUUCAGGACAAUCUUCAUCUGAACCUUAUCCAGCAAACACACCAGUGAUACAGAUGACUCAAUCAUAUUCAGAAACCCGGCCAACAAUGACACAAUUUUCAUCCAGCACCGAGUCUUCAGCAGAAACCAUCUCAGGAGAAGCACAAUUAUCUUCAGUAACUGCAACAUCAUCAGGCACACAUCCAACAAAGAGCUUGUCAUUGAAGACUGUGUCAUCAUCAGAAAGCAAUCCAACAAUGAUACAAGUUUCAUCAAAAACUAAGAUUUCAUCUGAAUUGUAUCCCAUAACAACGCAGAUGUCAGCAGUAACACAGACUUCAUCAGAGGUCCAGACAACACAAAGAGAAUUGGCAUCAUUAACAUUGUCCUCAGCUGAAAACUAUUCACCUGCACAUGCAUCGUCGCAGAGUCCUUCUACACCAGAAUCAGGGUCAUCAACAUCACAAUUCACAUCAAUGACUGAGUCUUCAUCAGAACUCCAUGGUACCCAUGCCAAAAGAUCAUCAAUAACUGCGACAUCAUCAGAAAUGUAUCCAACAACAACACAGACAUCAGCAGUAACAAUUUCUUCAUCAGAGACACAUCCAACACCUACACGAAUAUCAUCACUGGCAACAUCCCCAUCACUGAUUGACUCGUCACCACAAGGGUCAUUAGAAUCUGCAUCAAGUUCAACCACGGCACAUGUACCACCAAUAACUGGCACUUCAAAAGAAACAAGUCAAUCAAUUUCACAAGUAUCAUCAAUCACAAAACAUUCAGCACUGACUGAAGAAAGUAACAAUGUCUCGUUGGUUACUGGGUCUCCAUCAGGCAGCUGGGCAACAAUGUCAUCAGAAUCCCAUCCAACCACAGUGAAAUCUUCGUCACUUACACCAGCCUCAUCAGGAUCCUACUCCUCAGCACACAGUACAUCAAUAAAUUCAUCAACAUCAGAUACCAAUGCAGCAACAGCACAAGUGGCAUCCAUAACUGGGUCUUCUUCAGCAUCACAUCCAAUAGUGACACAACUAUCAUCAACAACUGUGUCUCUACUGGACACCAGUCAGGCAGCAUCAGAAGUAACCUUUUUCGGACAAUCAUCAUCUGCAUCUCAUCCAGCAAAAACUCCAUUGACACACACCGUUCAUUCUUCAUCAGACUCACAGCCAACAACGAUACAAUUAGUGUCCAGCUCUGACCACUCAGCAGGAAGUACUUCAGGAGAAGCACCAGAGUCUCCAGUAACUGAGACAUCAUCACAAACACAUCCAACAACAAGGACCAUGUCCUUCAACACUUUGAAAUCAUCAGAAAGCAAUCCAACAAUGACACAGGUGUCAUCAAUAACUAAGACUUCAGCAGAAAUGCAAUCUACAACAUCACAGCUGUCAACAGCAACACAACUUUCAUCACUGACCCACUCAAAAGAAGACAAAUUUUCUUCGCUCACGUCGUCCUCAGCUGAAACCCAUCCAUCUGCACACCCAUCAUCAGUGACACUUUCUACACGAGAAUCCAAUCUAACAACAUCACAACUUUCGUCAAGACCUGAGUCUUCUUCACAAUCCCAGACUGUACAUACCCAACAAUCAUCAAGAAUUGAGACAUCAUCAGAACUGUACCCAGCAAUAACACAGACAUCAGCAGUGACAACGUCUGCAUCAGAGAAACAUCCAACAACUGAACAAAUAUCAUCACUGGCAAUGUCUUCAUCACUGAUCCACUCAACACCUCAAGGAUCAUUCGAAACUUUAUCCAGUUCAACCACCGCACAGGUACCAUCAAUAACGGGCUCUUCAACACAAACAAGUCAAACAACUUCACAAGUAUCAUCGAUCACAAAACAUUCAGCACUGACUGAACAAAGUAACACAUUCUCAUUGGUAACUGGGUCUUCAUCAGGCACCAAGACAAGUACAACACAAAUAUUUUCAACAAUGGACACUUCAUCAGAAUUGUCCCCUGCACCAACACAUGGGUCAUUUGUAACACUGAAUUCAUCAGAAAACACUAUAACAACAAUGAAAACCUCCUCAGUUGCAUCAGCCUCAUCAGCAAUCCAUUUGUCAGCACAGAGUAUAUCAAUGGAUUCAUCAACAUCAGAAAACAAUCCCACAACAGCACAAGUCACAUCCAUUUCGGAAUCGCAUCCAAUAGUGACACAAGUCUCAUCAAUAACUGAGUCUCCAUCAGAAAACAGUCAGGGAUCAUCACAAGUGACCUCAACAGUCUCAUUGGUAACUGGGUCUUCACCGGGCAGCCUCCCAUCAGUGACACAAUUAUCAUCAUCAACAGAGCCUGCAUCUGAAUUGUCCCCUGCAUCAACACAAGCAUCAGCAGUAACGAUGAAUUUGUCAGCAACCCAUCCAACCACAGUGAAAUCAUCAACUGCACCGACCUCAUCAGAUACCUAUCCGUCCCCACAGAGUACAUCAAUACAUUCUUCAACAUUCGAAAACAACUCAACAAUAACACAGGUGUCAUCCAUAACUGGGACUUCUUCAGAAUCCUUUCCAAAAGUAACAGAAGCUUCAUCAAUCACUGAGACCCCAUUAGAGACCAGUCAGGGAUCAUCACAGAAAACCUCCUCAUGGCAAUCUUCAUCUAAAUCUCAUUCAGCAAACACCCCAGUAACGCCGAUAACACAAUCAUCAUCACUAUCUCUGCAAACAAUCUUUCAACUAUCAUCCAGCACUGAAUCCUCAGCAGAAACCACUUCAAGAGAUACACUAGUGUCCCCAGUAAAGGAGACAUCAUCAGUAACACACCCAACAACGAGUAAUGUGUCACUCCAAACUGUGCCAUCAUCAGAAAGCAAUCCAACAAUGACACAACUAUCAUCAACAACUGAGUCUUCAUCUGAAUUAUAUCCCACAACAACGCAGGUGUCAGCAGUAACACAGACAUCAUCAGGAACCCAGGCUACACAAAGAGACUUGUCGUCAAUAACAUCGUCCUCAGCUGAAAACUAUUUGUCUGCACAGCCAUCAUCACAGACUCCUUCUACACCAGAAUCUGGGUCAUCAAGAUCACAAUUCACAUCAGCAACUGAGUCUUCUUCAGGACUCCAUGGCGCCCACGCCCAAAGAUCAUCAACAACUGAGACAUCAUCAGCAAUGUAUCCAACAAUACAGACGUCAACAGGAACAAUGUCUUCAUCAGAGACACAUCUGACAACUAAACAAAUAUCACUGGCAACGUCUUCAUCACUAAUCCAAUCCACAUCACAAGGGUCAUUAGAAACUGCUUCAAGUUCGACCACGGCACAAGUAGCAUCAAUAACUGGCUCCUCAAAAGAAACAGGUCAAGCAACUUCACAAGUAUCAUCAAUCACAAAACAUUCAGCACUGACUGAACAAAGUAACAAUGCCUCUUUGGCAACUGGAUUUUCACCAGGCAGCCAGACAACAACCACAAAAUUAUCACCAAUAACAGAACCUUCAUCUGAAUUGUCCCCUGCUUCAAUACAAGUGUCAGCAGUUACACCAAAUUCCUCAGAAUCCCUUCCAACCACAGUGGAACUAUCGUCAUUUACACCAGCCUCCUCAGAAGCCUAUUCCUCAGCACAGAGUGCAUCUAUAAAUUCUUCAGCAUCAGAAAACAAUGCAACACCAGUGCAUGUCACAUCCAUAACUGGGUCUUCUUCAGCAUCACAUCCAGUAGUGCCAGAAGCUUCGUCAAUUACUGAGACCCCAUUACACACCAGUCAGGGAUCAUCACAAGUAACCGAUUCAGGACAAUCUUCAUCUGAACCUUAUCCAGCAAACACACCAGUGAUACAGAUGACUCAAUCAUAUUCAGAAACCCGGCCAACAAUGACACAAUUUUCAUCCAGCACCGAGUCUUCAGCAGAAACCAUCUCAGGAGAAGCACAAUUAUCUUCAGUAACUGCAACAUCAUCAGGCACACAUCCAACAAAGAGCUUGUCAUUGAAGACUGUGUCAUCAUCAGAAAGCAAUCCAACAAUGAUACAAGUUUCAUCAAAAACUAAGAUUUCAUCUGAAUUGUAUCCCAUAACAACGCAGAUGUCAGCAGUAACACAGACUUCAUCAGAGGUCCAGACAACACAAAGAGAAUUGGCAUCAUUAACAUUGUCCUCAGCUGAAAACUAUUCACCUGCACAUGCAUCGUCGCAGAGUCCUUCUACACCAGAAUCAGGGUCAUCAACAUCACAAUUCACAUCAAUGACUGAGUCUUCAUCAGAACUCCAUGGUACCCAUGCCAAAAGAUCAUCAAUAACUGCGACAUCAUCAGAAAUGUAUCCAACAACAACACAGACAUCAGCAGUAACAAUUUCUUCAUCAGAGACACAUCCAACACCUACACGAAUAUCAUCACUGGCAACAUCCCCAUCACUGAUUGACUCGUCACCACAAGGGUCAUUAGAAUCUGCAUCAAGUUCAACCACGGCACAUGUACCACCAAUAACUGGCACUUCAAAAGAAACAAGUCAAUCAAUUUCACAAGUAUCAUCAAUCACAAAACAUUCAGCACUGACUGAAGAAAGUAACAAUGUCUCGUUGGUUACUGGGUCUCCAUCAGGCAGCUGGGCAACAAUGUCAUCAGAAUCCCAUCCAACCACAGUGAAAUCUUCGUCACUUACACCAGCCUCAUCAGGAUCCUACUCCUCAGCACACAGUACAUCAAUAAAUUCAUCAACAUCAGAUACCAAUGCAGCAACAGCACAAGUGGCAUCCAUAACUGGGUCUUCUUCAGCAUCACAUCCAAUAGUGACACAACUAUCAUCAACAACUGUGUCUCUACUGGACACCAGUCAGGCAGCAUCAGAAGUAACCUUUUUCGGACAAUCAUCAUCUGCAUCUCAUCCAGCAAAAACUCCAUUGACACACACCGUUCAUUCUUCAUCAGACUCACAGCCAACAAGGAUACAAUUAGUGUCCAGCUCUGACCACUCAGCAGGAAGUACUUCAGGAGAAGCACCAGAGUCUCCAGUAACUGGGACAUCAUCACAAACACAUCCAACAACAAGGAACAUGUCCUUCAAAACUUUGAAAUCAUCAGAAAGCAAUCCAACAAUGACAGAGGUGUCAUCAAUAACUAAGACUUCACCAGAAAUGCAAUCUACAACAUCACAGCUGUCAACAGCGACACGAAUUUCUUCACUGACCCACUCAACAGAAGACAAAUUUUCUUCGCUAGCAUUGUCCUCAACUGAAACACAUUCAUCUGCACACCCAUCAUCAGUGACACUUUCUACACGAGAAUCCAAUCGAACAACAUCACAACUCUCAUCAAGACCUGAGUCUUCAUCACAAUCCCAGACUGUACAUACCCAACAAUCUUCAAUAACUGAGACAUCAUCAGAAAUGUAUCCAACCAUAACACAGACAUCAGCAGUAACAAUGUCGUCAUCAGAGAAACAUCCAACAACUGAACAAAUAUCAUCACUGGCAAUGUCUCCAUCACUGAUCCACUCAACACCUCAAGGAUCAUUCGAAACUGUGUCCAGUUCAACCACCGCACAGGUACCAUCAAUAACUGGCUCUUCAACACAAACAAGUCAAACAACUUCACAAGUAUCAUCGAUCACAAAACAUUCAGCACUGACUGAACAAAGUAACACAUUCUCAUUGGUAACUGGGUCUUCAUCAGGCACCAAGACAAGUAAAACACAAAUAACUUCAACAACGGACACAUCAUCAGAAUUGUCCCCUGCACCUACAAAUGGGUCAUUUGUAACUCUGAAUUCAUUGGAAAACACUCUAACCACAAUAAAAUCCUCCUCAGUUACAUCAGCCUCAUCAGAAUACCUUUUGUCAGCACAGAGUAUAUCAGUGAAUUCAUCAACAUCAGAAAACAAUCCCACAUCAGCCCAAGUCACAUCCAUAACUGAGCCUUCUUCGGAAUCACAUUCAAUAGUGACACAAGUCUCAUCAAUGAUUGAGUCUGCAUCAAAAACCAGUCAGGGAUCAGCACAAGUAGCCUCAACAGUCUCAUUGGUAACUGGGCCUUCACCGGGCAGCCACUCAUCAGUGACACAAUUAUCAUCAUCAACAGAGCCUGCAUCUGAAUUGUCCCCUGCAUCAACACACGCGUCAGCAGUAACGGUGAAUUCGUCAGCAAUCCAUCCAACCACAGUGAAAUCAUCAACUAUACCAGCCUCAUCAGAAAUCUAUCCGUCCCCACAUAGUACAUCAAUACAUUCUUCAACAUUCGGAAACAACUCAACAACAACACAGGUGUCAUCCAUAACUGGGACUUCUCCAGAAUCCUUUCCAAACGUAACAGAAUCUUCAUCAAUCAUGGAGACACCAUUACAGACCAGUCAGGGAUCAUCACAGAUUACCUCUUCAGGACAAUCUUCAACUGAAUCUCAUCCAGCAACCACACCAGUAACACCGAUGACACAAUCAUCAUCACAAUCUCUGCAAACAAUCUUUCAACUAUCAUCCAGCACUGAGUCCUCAGCAGAAACCACUUCAAGACAAGCACUAGUGUCCCCAGGAAAGGAGACAUCAUCAGUAACACACCAUACAACGAGUAAUGUGUCACUCCAAACUGUGCCAUCAUCGGAAAGCAAUCCAACAAUGGCACAACUAUCAUCAACAACUACGUCUUCGUCAGAAUUGUAUCCCACAACAACGCAGGUGUCAGCAGUAACACAGACAUCAUCAGGGACACAGUCAACUGAUAAAGAAUUGUUAUCAAUAACAUCAACCCCUGCAGUAACCUAUCCAUCUGUGCACCCAGUCUCAUUGACUCCAUCUACACCUGAACCCAGGCCAUCAACUUCCCAAGUAUCACCAAUAACUCAGUCUUCUUUACAAUCCCGUGCACCACAUACCCAACAAUCAUCAACAACUGGGACAUCAUCAGAAACAUAUCCUGCAGCAGCUGAAACAUCAGCAGUUACAAUGUCUUCAUCAGAGACCCAUAUGACAUCUGCACAAAUGUCAUCAUUGGCGAUAUCCCCAUCGGAAAUCCACUCAAUACAUUCAGGUUCAUCACAUCCAACAGCAACACCCUUACAAUCAGCAUUGACUUCAUCUGGUGCCCAUGUAAAAUCUACGCAACUGUCCUUUACUACUUCAACAAAAUCUUCAUCACUUGCUUCAUCAAGAUCAUUGUCUUCUGGUUCUACAUCAAAAAAGUUGCCAAUUGUUUCUUCCUCUGCUUUUCAUUCUACUCCAGGAAUAUUGACUUCCACUCUCAACAAGAAAAGACAAACAACUUUGUAUCCAUCUGUUGAAAAUACCACAACUCGAAUUAUUCCUGUCAGUUCUGCUAAUUCUACGUUGCCAAUUACUUCUCAUCCAAAUCCUACAACCAUGGACUACUGCGGAAAAUGCACAUGCCUAAAUGGAGGAACCUGUCCAGAUUCACCACAGCGGGAAAUCAAUUUGAUCCUUUGGAUAAACAGAACCUGGGAUGUAAAACUGGAGAACACCUCAUCUGUGGAAUAUAGACGUCUCACUGACAACCUAGUAACAUUACUGUCUCCGCUGUUCAGAAAAGCUUCACCAAAACAUUUCGACAAAGUGAUCAUAAAUGAAUUCCGAGCAGGAAGCAUUGUAACAAAUAGCAGCGGACUCUAUAACUACAGUGCCAGUCAGGCAGAAAUCAAUUAUUUAAACAAUGACCUAGCAACAAGAGUGCAGAACAUUGUUAACAACACGGACCUGCUGGAAAAUCUGACAGCAUCUGUACAGAGCACCGUGACUCUCACUCGUGUUUAUGCUUCACCUCCACUGAUCACAAAUGUCACAGAAUUGAACAUGACAUGUGAUAUAAAGUUUGCAAGUUACAAAUUGAACUGUGGCAGUGGGAACCACUGUAUUUGUGAAGGGCCCUGCAAAAGAAAACCUGGAAUCUGUAACAAUAAUGGACACUGUCUCAAUCAAGUUGAUGGCGCUACCUGUCUACAGUUGGUGGCUGUUGUUUCUGAGUCUGUGCAGCCAACAGUGGUCUCAGGCCUGGGCUUUACAUAUCAGGAGGUCACAAGUGCUCUUUCUGAGACUUUACAGCCAAACAUACUUUCGAAAAGGGGCUCUGACCGUCGACACUCACUCAAGUGGUAUUCAAUAGAUGAAGAAUAUUUCAGAUUUCCACAAACAGAUUUGACUGCAGCGACCCCGACACAAAAUGAUGGGAAGCCUCUGGGAAAGAGAAGAGGAAAAUACAGCUUGGAUGAACACCAAAUGUUUGAAGAUGAGUUGGGGUCUGGUGUUUGGAGACCAAACUUAGAUGAGGUAGACACAGAGGCUGAGAUACGAGCUAAACGCCCUGAAAUGGUUAUGCCGUCAUCAGGUGAACACUGACAAUUGGCACAUCCGGUC